AGUGACUGUUUAAGUCAUGUAUGAAUACACUGAACUCCGUCAGGCCAGUCAAUACUGUUAACUAUGUCUGUUACCACGUGUGUUGUAAAAACACUGCUCUUUUUAAAUCUAUGUCUAUUAACACAUGUUCAAUCAAAUGAGGGAAAUGCUACCGAAAAUUGUGUUCAAUUGUACGAAAAAGGGGUAGAAGCUUAUUUGGAGAAUAGUUGGGAAGAUUGUGUAACUUAUUUUGAAGAAGCUAUAGUGAAAUACAGAAAAUAUCGGAAGCAAGUAUCAAGUUGUAGAUUAAAGUGUAGAAAUGAUGCUGAACUCUCCGAACCUCUAUAUCCUGUGGAUUUAGAAAAUUUAUUAUUUUUUGAGAGAGCGAUUAGACAGACUUUGUGCAUUAUAAAGUGUGAAAAUGAAAAUAAAAAUAUACUGGAAAACUACAAUGUUAAUCUGGAAACCGGCAGUUUGUUUGAACAACAAAAACCUUAUGAAUAUUUACAUAUUUGUUACUUCCAGACCAAGCAACUAGUAAAGGCUGCAUCAUCGGCAUUUACAUAUUUAGUUGCACAUCCUGAUGAUAAAAUUAUGUCUCGUAAUCUGCAACACUACUUUGACCACGAUGUUGAUAAGAAGGAUAUUGUAAACUAUGAAGCCAAAGAUUAUGUUUACCUCUACAUCCAUGGUGCAGAUGCAUACGAAAAAAAAGGCUGGGAAUCAGUUGUAUUUAAUAUGGAAGAAAGUUUAGUAGAUUAUUUACAAGCAGAAGAAGAGUGUAGGGCACAAUGUGAAGGUCCUUUCGAUCAUGGAUGGUAUCCAGAUUUUAUAGCAUCCAUUUCAAAUCAUUUCACAGUAUGCUUAAAAUGCAAACAGGCAUGUAAAAAAACUUUGAGCUCAUUAAAUGGGGAAAUACAUGAUGAUUUAUUACCUAGUCAUUAUCACUACUUGCAGUAUGCCUAUUAUAAAUUGGGUAACCUUAAAGCAGCUUGUCAAGCUGUAGCCAGUUAUCUUUUGUUUUAUCCAGAUGAUGAAACCAUGCUAGAUAAUAUGAGGUACUAUUAUAAACAACCAAAGAUUCAAAAAGAUUAUUUUCAUCCCAGAGAUGAAGCUACUAGAUAUGUACAAAGACAAAUUUAUGAAAACAGAAUCUUAAAAUUUGUGAAUAAUGAAUUUAAAGAAAUUGCAUCAAAAACAAAAGGCGAAGAAAUAAAGGGUGUAUCUUCUAAAAUUGACAGUACUGCAACUGCUAAUUCUUGAUUUAUGCUUUUUGGACUACUGCUCUGAUUUAAUUAACAUGUUGAAUAUUAAAUUUGUACAUGUGAUAUGUGUGUAUAAAGUAUUUUAAUAAUAAAUUAUUUAAAAUA